AUGGAUCGUAUUUUGAACGUGUCUGAGACGCGGUUUACGUUCCAUAUAGACUCACUGGAGAAACCGACACUGCUCACGCUGAAGCUUCGCAACGAGGCGAACGAUCACGUGGGGUUCAAGGUCAAAACAACGCGUCCGAAGCGCUACUGUGUCAAGCCAAACGCGGCAAAACUAGCACCCGGAGAGACGCUUGACCUUCAGGUGCAGCUACAACCGCUAAAGCGAGUGGUUGCGGACGCGUGCGCCGCGUUGGUACGGCAGGCGGAGAGCCGCUCGAGCGGUGGCGACGCCACCAGCGCCACACCCGCUGCCGACGUGCUCACCUAUGACGGUCUGAAACAGGAGCUCAGCAAGGAACUCGAGGAUAAGUUUUUAAUCCAAGGCUUGUUACUGGAAAACCGGUCCUUCGACGCGGGUCUGUUCGAUACCGUUGAUCGUGAGGAGGUUUUCGAACAAAAGUUUCGCUGUGAGUUCCUGUUUAAUCAGGAUACUUUGGAGAAUAUGCUCCAGAGCUACCGAGCGCGAAUGUCGCAGUCCGUGGACAGUGGAGGCAAGUCAGCGGCCUCUGGUAUGGAUGCAGGCACACCGCCGGCAUCGGCGAGCGCGCAAGCAAGCGAGCGCCUCGACGGUGACGCGGUACGGAUGGCAGGUGUCGGGGCGGGUGGUGGUUCAGCGGCGGCGCCCUCUGUGCACUGGGACGAUGCUGCAACGGAGCAGUCGAAAGCAGCAGCAGCAGCAGCAGCAGCAAUCACCCCGGAUCACAUGACAGAGACGGAGACACGAGAAGAGUCGGAGACGGCUCGACUGCGGCGCGAGCUGGCGCGGAGUCAGGCAGAGGUGGCCCUGCUCAAGUCGCGACUCGAGAGCGCCAGCCGCUUGCUCAAGAGUUCGAGCACGGGCGCGUUGGGUGCCUCACCACAUCCAACGCUACUCAUCCUACCGUGGGUGCAACUUGUGAUGGCGAUUUUACUGGGAAUACUUCUGGGUAAGUACGUGCUUGCCGCUUAG